GAUCCAUGGGAGCACGGUGCGGGUGAAUAUUUCAUUUGAAAUUAAGCCAUAGCGGGAAAAUUGUUUCAAACCAAUGGUUUUAAUGAUUCAAACAGGUGGAAAAAACAAGUUAUCAAAUUACAAUGAUGCGAGUUUAUUUGGUCUCCUAACUGGAAUCAAAUCCAGAAUAACAGAGACAAUGCAAAAUUGAUCAUGUUUUUUGAAAUGGAUUGAUAUUAAAAUAUCGUGUGAAUAUUUUAUUAUUCCAAAUGGAUGAAGACUCAAACCGAAGUAUUCCAAUUUUAGAAUCCGAAAAUUCGACCUUAAAUCUUUAUCCUGAAAUCCCGCAAGAGCUUUCACGGAAUUCAACAUGUGACGAAAUCGCAAACUCUGAAACAGCAAAAAAAGAGCUUUCUCGUCAUGCAACUUAUAACAAAAUCGCAAACCCUGAAACACCAAAGAAAGAACUUUCUCGGCAUGCAACUUACAACAAAAUCGCAAACCCUGAAACACCAAAGAAAGAACUUUCUCGGCAUGCAACUUAUAACAAAAUCACAAACUCUGCAGAUUUUCUUGAAGAAAAAGAAACUGAACACAACAAAAAGUUAGCUGACAUUUGUGAACAAAACGAAUUGUCGAAUGAAAGGAUUUCUGAGACCACAAUUGUGCGAAAUGAAGCCGGUUUUUCUGAAAAUUCGAGUGAAAUUGAACAACCAGGAAAUUAUCAAACAAUUCAGUCAAUAAACGAAGAGACACAAAACGAAGGCGAAGAAAAAGGCAAGAAUGAAGGCAAAAAGUUGCGUUCGAGAGAAAAUUCGAUCGAAGAUUUGCAAAGCACCAAUGUUGAAACUUUAAAUGGUUUCGAAAUUAACCAAAACACAAUUCAAAUACGAUCCCCCCGAUUUGUGAACAGCCCAAGCUGGGGGUUUGUUGUUACAGAUCAACAACCAGAUUUAAUUAUAACAAACAACAAAAACCAGGCGACAAACAGCGAAACGGCAAAACCAAAGGACCAAAACAUCAAAAAUCUAACGGAUCCCAAUCCAAACCAAAACUAUUCGAGUGAAAAAAUUUCAGCAAAGAACGUAGAAAAUUCACACGGCGAUCAUAGCAAAACAAGUACAGGCGAAUCGGCUCGACAGAUUAACGUUUCGAGAACUCGGUCUAUCGUUUUAGUCGAUAGGGCGGUUUCCCCUUUUCUCCCAGGUCAUGCAUCAGACUCGGGUGGGGCUGAAGUUGGAAAUAAUGAUGGAGAUAGAUGUUCGUUGGGACCCCCUCCCCCGCCUUUGAUGAUUGGAAACGAGGGACUGAUUGGAGGAGAAGCAACAGCGCCAACAAGUGAAGACGAUUUGUCUCCACCGCAGUACUCGCAGGUCCAGUGCAACCAACCCCAGCAACCAGUGACAGUGAUGGCUCUCACUUCCUCCCUCUCCCAUCACCCCCUCACAAUGCAAUGUCCCGUCUGUCAGAGACUCAUAACCACCACAGUGAAAAAAGAAAACGGCGCUGGGACUAUAAUACUGAGUGCAGUAAUCUGCGUGUUGGGUCUGCCCUUUGGAUGUUGUCUCAUUCCCUUCUGUGUAGACCACAGUUGCAAAGACGCCCAUCACUUCUGUCCCCAAUGCAACAGUCACUUAGGAAGCAAGGCUAAACUGUGAAAUGAACAAACGAUCUCAUUGCAAAAAUUGGUAAAAAACAUUGUGAAAAAAACCUAAACGCGAACAAUUUUGUGAAAUGUUGACAAGCACUGAUAAGAAAUACUGUGAAAUGAAGAUGAAGCCCAUCGCAAAAUUUAGUGCAAAUAUUGUGAAAACAUUCAUAUAGUAAAAUUCAAAAAGUGAAAAUUGCAAAGCAUGAAAAAACUCAAAACGUGAAAAAAACUCAAAACUUGAAUAAAUUCAAAACGUGAACACUUCUAACAAACGCAAUAUUGUGCUGAAUGUGCUUCAGAAUAUUAAAAUCAAAUCCCC